AUGGCGCGCCUUGAACGAGGUAGAAUCCGCUAUGAGCGGUAUGAUGAAUGCAUGCAGAUCAUGGCUCUGGCCCUGCUCUGCGCAUUGGCCGGAGAGGAGGACUUGUUUCUCGUGAUGACCAUGUUUGGUCUUGUCAAACUGGAGGCCUACCAAGAGCUAGUAGCGCCUACAACCCUGCAGGGUGUGUACCCGAUGUACAACAUCUUCGACGCUAUCGGAGGCUUCGACUUCAAGGAGCUUUUUAGGCAGCCCUAA